CAGUCGAGCAUGCGGUGUGAAGGUGUCAACAUCGCACCUCCAAUGGAUACUGUCACUUCUUCAUCAAGGCGGAUUUGUUUUCGGAUUACCUCGCUGUCAUCUGCCGCCGUGUUGAAAGAUGUCGCGUCAACUGAUGGUGUUAAUAGGCCUGGGGUUGUUGAUGGUGUCCGCGGUGUCCGGGCAGUCCAACUCCAUAGAGGAGCCGAACGAAGGUCUGCCGGACACCACGGUGCUCGACGGAAAGGUCACCAAACUCGACGAGUUGGCGCCUGUCAUCUUCCUCAACCGCACCAAGGCCUACCUCAACUGUGCCGCUGGCUAUAUGCAGAUCGAGCUCAAGUUUGAGGAGCCUUUCUACGGGAUUGCAUACGCCGACUUCGACAGGUCGAGUGCCUGUCAGGUGGCGGGUCGCGGCAACAAGACAGCCAGGAUAGAUCUCCCGCUCAAAGGAUGCGGAACCAGACAGGAUCCAACAAGAGUGUUCACAAACAAUAUCGUGGUUCGAUUCCACCCAGCGCUGGAAAUGGAUGGUGAUGAGGUCAUAACUAUUGUCUGUAGAUAUCCUCCUCCGGUGGCACCCCCUCCCGCUGGAAUUCCUAACUUCAUAAAAGAGGAACCAGCACCAGCUCUGCCAGUGGGUCCUCCAUUGAAAGCUUUCCAGAUAUUGCUUGUAAUUUGCGGCAUUCUCUUCCUAUCUCUGGUUCUCCUUGGCCUCGGCUGUUCAUACUACCUUCUCAAGAGAAGGAGGGUUCAAGUCGUCAGAAGGCAUCCUCUCUCAAUGGGAACCGGCUCAGAAAUCACCAAGCUGUCCGGCUCCAGUUUGGGAAACAUUUCCAUGUUCGAGGGAUUGAAGAUUCCGAGAGCACACGCUGCAAUGGCUUCAGGAAGUUCGACAGGAUCUGAAGCGGCGCUGAUCAGUGGUGGAGACACUUUACCCAGUGACUAUCCAUCGGAAUCGCCGAGCUCUGCUCACUCAGAAGUAGAAGAUAUUGACACCAGAAGCCUACAUAGAUCGGUCAGUUCGGGAGGAUCGUUUGACAACAAAGCAUACGUGAGAGAGUCAAGCUACUUUGCCGAGGGGUACGGAGCACACUCAGAAACUGAGAUCAUUCAGUCGGCGGCAGCUAGAUUGCCACCUCCAGAGCCGCAGUUCGACGUGCAGGUGCGAGUGAAGAGAGCUCCUCCCCCUCCACCUUCCCCCACUCCACCACCAUCCGAAUCCGAGGCAAGCAUGAGGAUGCAGGAGCGCAACCUCACCACCAUCCUUGAAGGGGAAGAGUUCAGUCGCUCAGUGUCUGCCUCCCCCGCACCGGUCAAGACCACAUUCACCUACGUUCCAGAGCUCCAUGCUCCCCCUCCACCAGCACCCCCUCCCGUCUACUCAUCUGUCAUCAGAAAGCAUAUCGACCAGAAGCCAAUAAUCACCAAGGAAGAAAAGUGGAUAACUGAGGACUCUGUUGAUGUAAUUGAGCAUAGGCGACCGAUUGAUACAGAAAUGAUUGACACAAGAUCGACAACUGAAGUUUUUGAACGUUUCCAGAAGCGACCAGCCCCUCCCCCUCCUGUUGUGCCUCCUUCACAGAUGUAUAUCACUCGUGAGGAGUUGCAUACCAGUGAGGACCUCAUUGAACCUCCAGUUGUCGUCUCAAGGAGACCGGAAAUCACUUCACAUGUUGUUGACGAUGUUUUCUUGAGAACAAUCACUGAAAAGAAAACAAUUGAAGACAUUGAAAGACACAGACGACAGGUGACAGAGUACCAUCCCAAACCACUCCCCAAGUGGGAUGUCACAAUCAGGAACUAUCCGAAUCCAGAUGCUCAAAUACCUGAUUCAGGCACAAUCACUGAUUGGGAUAGCUAUUCUGAGACGUCCUCUAUCAGUGGAGUGCCUCAGAUACCAGAACAUGAUCAAACACGUAUGGAACACCAUAGGAUGAGCACUGAUGUACAGAGACAAUACAGGAGCACACUGGAGAUCCCUGUGCCGAACCCUCCUGUGCCAAACUGGGACGUGCUGAUAAGAGUGUUGGAGCCCCCAGUACAGGAAACCACAACACAAGAGAUACACCGCACCGAGAUGGAUCUGACUCUGGAGGACAGACGUAAGUGGCGCGAAAUCAUCACAACCGAAUCUACACUACGAACUCUUUUGACUGAGGCUACAGUCAAAGAGGAUUACGAACGAAUCAGGAAGGAUGUACGAUAUGAGAAGCUGUUUGAACCACAGAAGUGGGACGUGAUUAUUAGGGUGCUGGCGCCGCCUGAGCGACCAGCUUACGACCAGCGCGGCGUAGCGGGGUCAAACCGGUACCGACGUAAGGCUGAUUGGGACACGCGGAGUCGACGAAGCUCAUUACCGACUCUGUAUGAGUACGACUCUGACGGAGGUUCGUCAGUACGAACGCUGACAGCCGACAACGGCGGACCACCUGGAGUUGCAAGCACCAGGUCCCGGAGGACAUCACGAUCCAGUCUGCGAUCCGACAUGGACGUGCGGUCGAUGAGCGAGAUGACGGUCGACUUCGCGCGGCCCGACAACAUGAGCGACGCCAGCUCCUACUACAGGCCGCGUCGCUUUUAUGACGACGACGAUCUCCCUGGCGGCUAUGAGGACGAGGACGCUCACAGCCUGGUGAGGUCUGUUAGUCAGCCGUCUCUUGCGAGGUCGGCGUCAGAGUUCACCGAGCACUGGGGCAUUCGGCGGCCGCAGUGGGACCUCAGUAGUCCCGAACACUCCCCGCGUUCGGCCCGCAGUCACCGCAUGAAUCCCGCAGCUGCCUCCCAGUCAUCCUCCUACUCAGUCAGGCAAACCACCUAUCAGCAGAGUCAAAACUGGUUCGCCGAUGCUGAUAGUGAAGCCAGCUACAAAUGAAGUGUGCAAGAUCUCUUAGUGCCGUUUGCACAGUGAUAGAUAAACGAAAUUUCAUUUUAAACUGGAUUGAAUCCAUAUCAAGUUUCGUGAUAAUGUGGUUCAUUUCGAGUUUAAGCCACCAGCUGAUUGAAUUCAGUUAAAUCUUUGACUGUGCAAACGGCCCUUACUCAAUGAUUGAUCAAACAAAACAACCAUAGUUUAAAAUCAAUCGUGACAGAGAAACAGACUCACUAUAUUAAUCAAUGAUUUGAUAUAAUAUAGUGAAAGCAUUUUCUCGAAACAGAAGGCGUGAAAGAAGUGAAGAAACGACAUAACGUUGAAGAACAAUAAUAUUGACUUGAUGUAAUAUAGUGAAUGCAUUUUCACAAUAAUUAUAAUUAAGAAGACGUGGAACACACACAACAUUGCAAUAAGGAAGAAUAAUGAAGAUUAAGAAUAUUGAGAGGAAUAUUCAAUAUAAAGAAGAGUAAUGACGUAAUAUAGUGUUAAUGCAUUAUUUCACGAGACAUAAUACGUGAAACGCACAUGAGAUUGGGUUGAAGAACAAUAUAAUAUUGAUUCUUUCCUGACUGAAAGUACCGGUAGAUGAUUGAUACAACGAACCUCAUGACAAACUCAAUAUUUCAAUCAGGUACCGUCCCCAGAUUGACCAGAACAUCAAUUAUUCUCUGUUGGCAAAAGUUUUUGGAACUGCCUCAAUGUUGCACAAAUUGUGUAUCUAGAAUACUAGAUUAGUUUUUACAUUGGUUCUACUUUAAUUUUAUUAACACUAGUAUAAUGUGCCAAUCUGAUAACAGGUAUUCUUGCUCUACUUGUGUUCAGAAAUAAUUUCUAGUUCAGAACUAAAUAAUAGUAUCAAUAUUUUCAUUUUAAAUCUAUUAAAUUUGUUAUGAAAGACAAGAGAUUUUAAUACCAAGCCCAGAUUAUAAUCUUGGACGUGCUCAAUAACACAUUAAUCUUUUUUCCUAUCUCGCCGUGUUGUAUUAAUAUAUAAAUAUUUUAACUAUUUUAGUAUUGGAAAUAUUGGACGUGAGUCUUGAAUAGAUUAAGUAGUAAUGAAUGAAUUCAUGUUAAUGAUUUUUACUUGCAGAAGCAUAAAUAGACUUCACAAUCCCAUUGAUGAAACAAUAAUUAUCACCUGUGAUACUGGCGCCCUCGUUUUUGGUAUUUAAAAAACUUAGCUUUUGUAUUCCUGUGAAGGCUGUACUACAUUCCUUAUUGUUUUAUUUUUAUAGCGCUAUUAUCAUAGUAUUGCUAGUUCUAGUGAACUAGUUAUAUAACAUUAUUUUGUUGUCGGUUUUUCAUUGCUUACUCGAAUUGAAACACUUGGUGAGAUGUGAAAUAUUGUUGAUGAAAAAUCAGUAUUGAAUGGAGUUAAUUUAUGAAAAUUUAAAUAAUAAACUGAGUGAGACUGGAAAAUUGACAACGAUCAGAGAUCUAGAAUUUUUUAUACAUUCCAAACUCUGAAUUUUUAGGUUACCAAGAUAAUUAAGUUCAUACAAGGAAUCUAUAGUUCAUGAAUCAUCAAGAACUCUUAUUUGUGUACGGUACGUAAUGAAAUGAUUCAAAUAUGAAAUAUAGAUGUAGGCGUCAUAAAUUCUGAGUCACAGAAAAAGAGCAAUAAAUUUCGCUCUCUGAUUCUCUAGUUAUUAUCUUAAAGCAUCAAAAGCUUUUAUACUCCUAUUAAUAUUCAUUUGAAUAAGGAAUUCAGACUUAUUAAUUUUCAAAAAUAUUCUCUAAAAAUAAUAAAAUACUUGUUAGCUAUUACUAUAUUGUAUGAUUAAUUACAUUAGCAACGCUAAUGUUGUGUAUUGUACAUUUACUAAAAAAAAUAAAUGCUAAUUUGAAUAAUAAAGCAGAUAUUUAUUUAGUUGGUGAUUUGAUUUUUAUUUCUUAGUAUUGGUAUGAUAAGAUAAAAAUCCUUGGGAAGUUUAAUAAUAUCAGGUGUAGGGUUCAUAUUGUAAUUGAAAAUUGGAGAAUAUAUCUUUAGGUGCCAUUUUCGGAUUUCCACUUUGUCUUUAUACUUUCUAUCUGUUACUUUAUACUAUCUGUUCUUUCAUUUUCAAGAAGCAAUGAGAUUUCUAUUACUUUUGUUAUUUUACUACCAUAGAGAGUAAAUUACUCAUUGAACUAUUAAUUUCACUCUUCCAAUCUUGUUAAAUUUUAAUUUUUAAAAUAAAAUUUCUAAUUAAAA